ACUCAGCACGAAGCAUCUGAAAUAAUUUUAAAGUGUUUGUGCCUUCUGGUUUUGCUUGCCUGCUCAUCAUAAAGUAGAGGAGAGCAAAGUAAGCAAGCGAUGGAAUGGAGGUAAGUUGUAAGCAGGAUAACAACAACAUGGUCAGAACAGCAGAAUGUUAUUAUAUCUGGCACAAGCUGUAUUUUAGGCAGAGCAAAAUAAAGCAAAGUGAGAGAGAGCUUUCUCCUCUCAUAUAUUUUAACACGGCUCUCUCCUAAAGGCCAGCCAGACUUGUAAAGAGUUCUGCUGCUGCUGGUGAUGGUGGUGCACCGUUCGUGUGAGUGACAUUGACUCUUAAAAACUUGUACACUCAGUUAUUUCACAGCCAACAAACUGCACUUUACUCACUACUGGUUAGUAAGAGUCCAAUGAUGGUUCUUCUCGUCGUCUGCUUGGUGUUGUUGAAUUGAGGAAACGAAAAGUAUUUCAAAUUUCACAAUCCUCAAUCAAAGAGAGGAGGAAGAAAUAAAUGUGUGAAAAAAUGUGCUAGCUUUAAAAAAAGACGGACAAGAUGAGCAGCAAAAGUGGUCGUUGGUUACUACAAUAGGUAGAGAAAAACUACUGUCUAAUUAUUGCGACUAACUCGAUGAGCUGAAUGUGAACGAGAGGGGAAAAGAACAGCGGAAAAUUAUUUUCUCACGAUAAAGCGGAAAGUUUUGGCAGCAGAACGUCCCCCUCGUCGUCGCUGUCGCCGUCGUCCCUGUUCUGUUGAGGACUUGAAGGACCCACACCACCCCACGUUAAAUAUGUUAUGGACCCUUUCUAUAAUUCCACACUAAGCUAUGUUGGCCAAAGCAUUCCGCAGGAGUCGAAAUUGGCUUCAUACACUUCUGUUGGUCGAAGUCCUGUGUUGGGAGUUGUGGGGAAUCACUUGAGCCAUAAUUUGGCCAAUCUCAAUUUGGAUGCUAACACGAAUAAUCGGGGUCUCGUCGGGGGAAGUAUGGCGUCCAGCAGUGUGGAGCCUACCCUCUUCCAAAAGUCCACUUAUUCGGGGGGCCGUGGGGACACGAUCUCUCCGAUCCCAUCAUCACAAGCUGGGACGAAUGGGACGCCCCCACUCUCACGAAAUUCCACCCCUGUCCCUCCAAUCACUUACCAGGAAAACGUGGGGGGCACGACCUACUUUUACAAUCCAGAAGAGGCUGCCGGAAGUCAAGAAAUCAUACCGGGAGACGAUCCCGGUGGUCCCCACGUGUUUCCAACCUAUUCCGUCUAUGCCGGACCACCUUCACACCUUAAAGACUUCACGACCAGAUUGAACCCUCUGGGGCCACCGCCCACGCCCGUCGUCCACCCAGCCCCACAGUCCCCCUCAUUCUUCACGCCCGACGAGCUGAAGGCGGAACUCAUGCAGAGAAAUGCGGUCAUGUUGUCCCAACCAAACUCUACUGUGUUUCCCGAUCUACCCGCUCAAGUGGACCACUUCACGGAACUGUGUCCUGUGGAAACGUCGCUUCAAAAACCGGGCUCAUUCGGAUACCCUUCAACCGUUUAUAAGGCUAUCAACUCAAAGAAUGGGUUUACAUAUUGUUUGCGGAGAAUUCAUGGAUUUCGUUUACCAUCUGGAAAGUGGUUAGGGAUGAUUGACACGUGGAAAAAUAUCUCACACACAAAUUUGGUUCAGCUCAGAGAAAUUUUUACGACAAAAGCCUUUGGUGACACUUCAUUAAUAUUCGUGUAUGACUAUUUCCCUUCUGCGGACACACUAAUGCAGCGACAUUUCGACAGAAACCAUCAAGUAAACGGCUACGUUGAUCCAUUUAGUAGUGACCCCUCCGUUCCAAGGCCCUAUAGCCAUCAAAAGAAUGCAUUACUAAGACAUCAUGCAAACAUGCUUCCAGAAAACCUAUUGUGGGCCUAUAUUAUUCAACUGAGUUCUGUGAUCCGAACUAUACAUAGCGCUGGCUUAUCUGUACGAUGCUUGAACCCUUCUAAAAUAAUCUUAAUCUCGAGAACCCGUCCUGCAAUCCGCCUCAGUAAUUGUGGCAUAUAUGACUUGGUAACAUUCGACCCCAAUAGUAAUCCUGCUGCAAUGGUUUCUUUUUAUCAGCAAGAAGACCUAGUCUCAUUUGGAAAACUAUUGUUGGCUCUCGCCUGUAAUUCUCUAUUAGCUGUACAACGCGAUAAUUUGAACACCUCUAUGGAUUUAAUAUCUCGGACGUACUCUGCGGACUUGAGAAACUUAAUUGGAUACUUAAUGAACCCUCGUGCUGCUGGAACUACACGUUCUGUGAACGACAUAAUGCCCAUGAUAGGAGCAAGAUUCUACAACCAAUUAGAUUCUGCAAAUGCCCGUGCAGAAAUUUUGGAGAAUGCUUUAACUAAAGAGUUGGAGAAUGGAAGACUUUUUAGGUUGAUUGCAAAACUCAAUUCGGUCCUGGAAAGAAAUGAAUUUAACAUGGACCCAGCUUGGUCAGAAACGGGGGACCGUUAUUUAUUAAAAUUAUUUCGUGAUUACGUAUUCCACCAAGUGACACCGGAUGGACGACCAUACUUGGAUUUGUCGCAUGUAGUGUACUGCCUAAACCGACUGGACUCUGGUUCUAAUGAUAAGGUCUGCCUAAUGUCUCACGACGAGCAAAGUAUAUUAAUAACAACCUACGCAGAAUUAAAACAUUGCCUAGAACAGUCUUUCUUAAGUCUUUCGAACAGUUGAAUACUUGCAUCAAAUUCUCCAGCCAAAGCAAACCAGUUCCAACCAACACGCAGCAAUCCACGCCCCUCCCCAUGAAGUAAAAUGGUACACACAUACUGCUACUAAUAGUAAUAAUAAUUAAUGGUCCGUUUAUCAAUUUAGUUAAAUUCACACAAUCAAAACAUAUUGCUCAGACCCUGCGAGAAAUAUUAUCAUCGUCCUCCAUCUCUUCUUCCUCCACGGCAUCAUCACGAUCCAUUGACGUGCAUAAAUCCAGAACCCAAUUAAUUAUUGUGUUAGUGCAGCUUUGCCAAAUACCGAAAGACGAAAUUAUAUUAAUAUCGACACACAAUAGCACAUUGUCACAUAUUGCUACCACUAUACUACUACUACUACAAACAGACAGUAUAUUAUAUUCCAAAGCCCUUACCUUUUGUACAAGUGAGUGAUAAUAUUUUAAAUUUGCAUCCGAUCAUGAUAAUCAUUUGUAACUCGUUUCAAAUCAUUCACACGCCGCAGAUACAAUUAAACCACGAAACGGUAAAAAAGAGUCACAUAUUCCUCCUGCUGCACAUUUGUUUAAUUGCAGCAGAAAUUACCAAGUAUUUUAUUUUAUUUGGAUAUUACUAUCAUGGCAGAAACUGACUAAAUAAGUAAUAUAACCUGAUUCAAAUUGUACUUAUUACACACUUUUUUAUAUAACGAACCAAACUCAAUCCCUAACUUUAUUAUAUUACUUAUCGGUUGUAUGUACGUAAAAUGGCUUAAAAACGCAAUGAUUGUUUUAGUAAUUACUCUAACCUGCAAAAUAAUCAGAAAUAGUAUAUCUAAAAUUCAACGGCAUAGUAAUCCAGAGAAUAUAACAGAGUUUGCAACACAAUUGCAUAAGCAACUCUCUUGAUUACUAUGUAACUCACAAAUUUUGAUGAGCAAUUAAGGAAAAUUCCAUAGUCGGGAUGGAACGGGUAAUAUACAAAUAACAAGACCUCCUCUUCUAAAUCUUUAGAUAUAAAGGCAUAAUAAUCACCCAUGAUGAUUCAUGUACGAGUAUGCAAAGAGAUUUCCAGGUUAAACACAGAAAUUAUUCGAGAAUAGUGCAAGUAGUUGCAGUAAGUAAAUAGUAAAAAAAGGAGCAAAAUUAGUAAAAUACCAACCAAGUACGAAUUAACGGAAUAGACAGAGUAAUUUGUAGACUGCUAAAUUUGUUUUUCUACAAUGAAUCAAAGCAUAAUAAAAAAACCUCCAAUACUACAAAAUGCAGAAUAGCAUCAUGCAUGGUGGUGAAAGUGAAAGUGUGUGAAAGCACUCACUGGUAUAUCGAUGUACUCUAAACAAAAAAAUGCAAAAAUUAGUGCAAAAUUGAAACAGAUAACAAAUUGUGAUGCAGGUAGUAGUACUAAAAAAUAGUUGAGGGGUCAUUCUUUCAAAAAAAGUUGGAAACAUUCUUGAUUUUGCCUGAAGAAUGUGUACAUUUUUGCAAAAUGACAAGUUCAAGUACAAUAUUACAGCAUGGGAAGAGAAAAUCUAUUAUUUCUUUGCCACCAUAAUUAAUAUCAUCAGGAGAGGAAAUUAACAUCAGCACUCAUCAUUUUGCUGCUAAAUAAAACCCAUUUUAAUCACGACAAACCUACCUGCCUAAUACCAACCUAAUAACUAAUGCUGAGCCGUAAAAUUUGAGGUUUCGAGAGUAUUGCUUUAAAAUUGAUUAUUAUUAUUAUUACAAAAAACAUUCAGCUAUAAAUAAUCCUUGAAACCGGAACCACAGAAAUGGUACAACAAACACGUCUAUAUUAUUUGAAGAAAGCUAGAGAAAGUAGAUGGAGAAGAGUGAGUAUAGGGAAAAAAUGUAACCUAAACCUGAUAUCAGUGAUCUCUCUGUUUUUGUUUGUAUUUUGUAAUUGUGUUGUGUUUUGUUCAAUCUCAUUCAGAUGACAUUCGGUACAUUAAUUAUAAUUAUAUAUUUACCUCUGCGAUUUUAUUUUAGAUUACAUAUUAUGUAUUAUUAUUAUUGUUAUUGUUACGUUUAAUGAUUGUCUUAAAAGUUUGUUACAUAAUUAUUUAAAUUUUAAUUCCAAAUUUGUCCGACCAAACAGGAUGAACAAAUUUAUUUUUUUGUGAAAAUAACAUGCAGCAUCACCGUUAUCAUUGGUGGUGGGUCGUCGUGCGUGUCCCUAAAAUAUUUCAUUUCGUGAAAAACAAACGUUUUAUCCCACUUUGAUUUUUAGUCACGCUUUUUUAAGACAACCAUCACUUUAUCCAUCACUUUAUCACGGUAUGGACAAUGCUUUAAGAAAUACUUAGAACCAGAGAGAGCUAGAUGCAAUUCAAUUUAUUAUUUUAUACUGAAAUGUAUUAUGGAAAUGUGUCUCAUGAGAUUGUGUUGUGCAGUAUAUGUAUCUCCAAAAGGUAUUCAAAAGGAAGAAAGAAAGCAAGAUAUUUACGAACUGUCAACUAAAUAUGUGUGAGUCUGCGCCGGAUAUAAGGUAAAUGUGUUAUUAAUUAUUUUGUUGUAUUGUUGUAGCCUUUAGUACCAAAAUUCCAGGAACAAGCAAAUUAUCGUAAGUAAAUAAUAAUAAAUAAAAUAAGAAUAAUAUUAAAUUUAGUACCGCUAUACACGCCCAUUGUACUCAAAACCAUUCCAAUAAAUAAGGGAAUAAAUAAAGUAUUUAAUGAAAAAUGAA